UUUUGACAUCACCAAUAUAUGUAAACAUUUAUCAACAUAUUAACAAUUAAAAAAUGCAUUCUUAGACAACCUUGGUACUGCAAAAUUUGGCGUAAUUGCUGUACAAUGAAUGAAUCUACAAACACCAUAUUUGUUUGUUGAAUAUAAAUAAUAAUGCCACAUGAUUUGUCGGUGUCUACUGGCACAAAAACCAGUGCUAAAGUUAAACGUUUAUCAAUUCCUCGAGUUCAAAGCACCACUGACAAUGAACUUCAAUCACAAAUGAGCCAAAGUGGAUCAACACCACUUCAACCAUUGUCAUUAUAUUGUUUAAGUUUUCGUUCUGAUCUUGAACAAAGUGCCAUACCUUCAACUGUACAAACUCGUUUGUUAGAUCUUUUUCAACAAAUUCAAAAAGAAUUUGAAUUAGUCUGUAUGGAAAAUAUUACUUUACAAGAAAAGGUUGAUGGUUUGAGUGAAAAAUUAGACAAAGAAUGUCACAGUUCAGGUGAACGUUAUUUACUUCCAAAUGACAAUGCUGAUUAUACUGAAAAAAGUCAAUUUAAACAAAAAGGUACAUCAUUGCCAGUAUCAAGUCAAAAAGUAAAAGCAUCAAAUAAAUUAAAAGCACAAACAAGUAAAAUAGUAUCAAGUUUUAAAAAUCCAGUUGUAGCAUGUAGUAUGCAACGUCAAUACAGUGGUCAUAAAGAUGGAAUAUGGGAAAUUUCAAUUGGUCGUUUAGGUCAACCAAUAAUUGCAACAGCAUCAGCAGAUCAUACAGCACGUGUUAUAGCAACAGAUAGUGGUCGUUGUUUAUUACAAUAUAUUGGACAUAAUGGAUCAGUUAAUUCAGUUAAAUUUCAUCCAACAAUUGAUCUUGCAUUGACAUCAUCUGGUGAUUGUACAGCUCAUGUUUGGCAAGCAGCAGUUAAUUGGGAUAUAUCAAAACAACAAGAAACAUCAGAUGAUAUAUCACUUGAUCGUACAUCAAUGACUGCAACAAAUGAUGAUCAAGAUGAACCACCAACAUUACGUACACCAGUACGUGAAUUAUUAGGUCAUACUGGUGCUGUUAUGGCUGCUGAUUGGUUACCAGGUGCUGAACAAAUUGUAACAGCAUCAUGGGAUCGUACUGCAAAUCUUUAUGAUGCUGAAACUGGUGAAAUUAUUCAUACACUAUGUGGACAUGAUCAAGAACUUACUUAUGUAUCAACUCAUCAUGCACAACGUCUUUGUGUUACAUCAAGUUGUGAUACAACUUUUCGUUUGUGGGAUUUUCGUGAACCAAUACAUUCUGUAUCUGUUUUUCAAGGACAUACAGAAGCUGUUACUUCAGCUGUAUUUACAAGAGAAGAUAAAAUUGUAUCUGGUUCAGAUGAUCGUAGUAUUAAAGUUUGGGAAUUAAGAAAUAUAAGAAGUCCAUUAGCAACUAUUAGAAGUGAUAGUGCUGCUAAUAGACUUGCUGUUUCAAGUACAGGAAUUAUUGCAAUUCCACAUGAUAAUAGACAAAUUAGAUUAUUUGAUUUAUGUGGUCAAAGACUUGCACGUCUUCCUCGAACUAGUAGACAGGGUCAUAGAAGAAUGGUUUGCUCAGUGGCUUGGAGUGAAGAGCCUGGAGCUGAAUGUAAUUUAUAUUCUUGUGGAUUUGAUAGACUUGUUCUUGGAUGGAGUAUUGUUCCAAUCAAAGAAACAUAAUAUAAUUACAUCAAUCAAUAUUCCUAUAUCUUGAUACAGCAGUCUUAAAUUGAUGUAGCAUUGAGCUCUUGUGUGAAUGAUGAUAACCAAGAGGAUACAUAUUUAUGAGCCAAUAAUCCAGCUGCUAAACCAAGAAGUGAAUCUCUUCUUCCACUUUCACAAACAACUGUAAAAGAAUUUUUUAAUUAUUUUUCAUAUCAGUUGUUUAUUGCUAAAAUUGUUAUUAAUAUUUUUUUUUUAUUAAUAACAAUAGUUUAUUGUUUAAAUCUUCAGAAUAGAUUAUUACAAACAAAAAUUACAAACAUUCAUGUUAAUUUAAAAAAAAAAAGCAAAGAAACUAGUCUUAUUUUAUGAAUUGCUUUAUUGAAAAAAAAAAAAAAACUAAUUAAUUAUUAAAUUCUGGAGUUUUAUUUAAUUAUAAUUUAUAAUUUUAAAUUGUUGAUGUUAAAAAUGAAAUAGUAUAUUUUAUCUUGAUGAAAAAUUUAUACUUUAAAAAUCAAGUACAAAAUAAAACAAAAAUUAUUAUUUAUUUUAAUCUUUUUCAUUUAAAUUUGCCUCAAAGAAAAUAAUAAUAAUUAAGCUUUAAAAAAAUAUAAUAAAUAUAGUUUAGUAAAAA